UAGAAAAACUGAAACCCACAGAAAACGUGUGAAAUCACACUCUUAUCACGCUCUGUACCAUAAUCUGAUAAUUAAAAAUAUCGUUGGAAAAUUUUGAAACUGAAAUUCUUCACGAGUUUGCAUAAUUGGAAUAUUUGUUGAUUAAAUGCGUUAGAAAUAACAGCAACCGACAAAAUACGUGUAUAUAUAGAUAUUCAUAGAUACUGAUAGUUGUCUAUUAGUAACGUCACAAGAUGUCAUCGACGGCGGCGGUAACGGCAGCGAUCGAGAGGGUGCCCGUUGAGAUUUGCAAGGGAAUGAAUGGCCUUGAGAAGGUCGUCCUUCGAGAAGCCCGCGGAAGCUCCGCCGAGGUUUAUCUUUAUGGAGGUCACAUAACAUCAUGGAAGAAUGAUCAUGGGGAGGAGUUGCUUUUCGUGAGUAGUAAGGCCAUUUUCAAACCUCCAAAGCCAAUUCGUGGAGGGAUCCCUAUAUGCUUUCCCCAAUUCUCCAACUAUGGCUUUCUUGAGCAGCAUGGAUUUGCUAGAAACAGGUUUUGGAGCAUUGACACUAAUCCCCCUCCAUUUCCAACCAACUCCUCCACUAAGACGUUUGUUGACUUGAUUCUCAAGCCCAUUGAAGAGGACAUGAAAAUCUGGCCUCAUAGUUUUGAGUUCCGCUUACGGGUAACUUUGGGACCUUCUGGAGAUCUUAUGCUGACUUCUCGUAUCAGGAAUACCAACACUGAUGGAAAGCCUUUUACAUUUACAUUUGCAUAUCACACCUAUUUCUCUGUUUCAGAUAUCAGUGAAGUACGUGUUGAAGGAUUGGAAACUCUAGAUUAUCUUGAUAGUCUGCAGAACAAGCAACGCUUCACUGAACAGGGGGAUGCAAUUACUUUCGAAUCAGAAGUGGACAAAAUAUACCUCAGCACUCCCACAAAGAUUGCAAUUCUGGAUCAUGAAAAGAAACGGACAUUUGUGAUCCGUAAAGAUGGGCUUCCUGAUGCAGUUGUAUGGAAUCCUUGGGAUAAGAAGGCAAAGGCAAUGGCUGAUUUUGGAGAUGAUGAAUACAAGCACAUGCUGUGUGUUGAGGCUGCUGCAGUGGAAAAACCUAUCACUUUGAAGCCUGGUGAGGAGUGGAGAGGAAGGCAGGAACUUUCUGCUGUGCCUUCAAGUUAUUGCAGUGGGCAGCUUGAUCCUCAGAGAGUACUCCUGGGAGGCCGAAAUUGAUAUUCCCUUUUUAUCAUGUACAGGUGCCCUACUGCUAUAUGGGGCUGGAGUGGAAUGGCAACCUCUGUUCAAGACUAUUUUUACCGUCUUGUCCUCGAUAUAUUUUAUUUACUUGGAUGGAAAGGGGACCCUUAUUAGAACUGUCAAUGCUUUAUUGCUUAAUCAAGUGUAAUCAACAUUCAAGACGCUGUGUACAAGAUUGAGGAUUUCUGCUACUGUGGUAAAAUUCUUCUGAGGCGAUUAUUACCUGUUAUGGAGUAUUUGAGCUUUUAUUCAACUGUUAUAUUGUCACAGUAAAUGCUCAAAUGUCAUUCUACCGA